ACGCACACAUUUGCACCGGUAAAGCAAAAAAUCGAACUGCGUCAAGAUUUUCUUCCAGCAUUUCCAAGUCGGUGCAUUUAAUCCCGAAAAUCGGUGAAAAAGUGAUCGUUUUCCAGUGAAAAUUGUCAUCGACUGUGCAACCGAGUGCCGCGAAUCAGUAAAAACCAAAAUAAUUCUGUUCACGUUGCGUGUCCUUCCGUAAAGAUGUUUACAAAAGUGCUCAAAAGUUCUGCUACGAAGGAUUGAUUCUUUUCGCUUUCGCCUCUGCCCCCUUCCGUUUAGGGACGGCUGCCGCGGGCUAUGGUUUCGGUGUGUGGGUAGUUUUCCCGAAGAAGUAGUCGCAGUUUGUAUACACAACAUAGUUUGAAACUCUUUCGACCAACCACCAACUGGAAUAAUGUUUAUGAGCUUUUCUAGAUUGAAUGUUUUAGUUCGUAGUACAACAGUGCAGGUGAAGAAACAGAGUAAUGAAAGUGCUCGUCGAUGAUUAUUGUCGCAAUGGAUUGUUGUCCGUGAAAACAGGGUUAUCCCGUCAGUUGUCAUUAUUGUCCCAUUACGAGUAUCGCCACACUUUCCAGGACGAUGAGUGUGAACGAUGAGAGUGGAUCGGCGAACGAAUCUGUGGCUAGCGCUUCCGCUGGAAUAACUUCGGCAGCAGAAACAGCAGCGGCGACGGCGGCGGCCCUAGGAUCAGCCACAGCUGUCAGCGCCCUGGAAAAUCUCAAAAUACGUGACGAUCUAUUCAAAGGUGUCAAGUGCUUCAUUACCGGAACAUUAGAUUCGAAGAUCUCUAAAUUGCUUGAAGAUGGCGGAGCAUCAAUCUCUUCGUAUAUGGAUUUUAUUACGCAUGUCGUGUGUGGACCCAAUUAUGAUGAAAACGACAUAGCUCAAGCGGCUGAGUUGUACGACGUUCCAUCUGUUACAGAAGAGUGGGUUUUAGCAUCGAUACGUCUCGGUCGGCCGGUGUCUACUAAGGCAUACUUCCCGCUCAAGUCGGCUUUGUUUAGCAAUAUCACAUUUGCUGCUACUCAGCUGGACAAUCGGGAUUUGAAGAAACUGUACGCAAUUAUCACCUUUCACGGUGGAAACGUAAGAAAUCUAUUUAACAAACACACCACACACCUAAUUAGUGGAAAUACAAAGGGUUCAAUCUACGCUAAAGCUAGUAGCGUCGGAGGGGUAGUAAUUGUUACACCCGAUUGGGUUAUUGAGUGUCUGAAAGCGAAGACCCUCGUUGCUCACGAACCCUAUCAUCCCCGAUUGGUAAUUACGCCUAGAAUAUUUAAGCAAGUGCAGCGCCCCACAACUCCCGCACAAAAGGUGGAACCAGAAAAGGCUCUAUCCAAUAUAAUUGGAUUUGAUUUCGAAGAAAAUAUUGCUAAGACAGAAGUACCAACUAGCGGCAACACUAAGAAGGAAGAGGAAAUACCAGUGACACAAGGACUCUCCGUGAACACUGAACAACAGAGAGCACCAAUAACCCCAGUCUCAACAGCACCAGUACAGCAGCUAGUUCCACAGGCAGCGCAACCUCAUCAACCCCAACUGCAAUCAUCACAGCAGCAAGCCUUACAAAACAGUCAGAAUCCACAGCAAAAUACCGGGCCAAGACUGAUUAGGCCACCGAACGCUCAGCAAGCCCAAUUUCAACAACAGGUGCAACAACAUACAUUGCAGCAGUCAACACAGAAUUCAAAUAGACCUACCGGCCCUGUCAACCAGGUAGUGCAACAGCAGCAGAUUAUAAUCCAAAAUACACAGAUAUCUCAACAGCAACAACAACAAAUACAGUUUCAGCAGCAACAGCCUCAGUUACAAACUGUUCAGCAUCAGUUCCAGAAGAUCACAAUGCAACAAAAUCAAAAUAACCAGCAGCAACAACAACAGCCAAUGCAGCAAGUUCAACUACAACAGCAGCCUCAACAAGCUCCGCAGCAGUCACAACAGCAACAAAUGCCGCAACAACUUCAGCAGUCGCAACUUCCACAACAACAUCAGCAGCAGCUUUCGCAGCAACAACAACAACAACAGCCAUCCAUACAAGGACAAAGUAUUGUAUUACAACAGACCAUUCAUCAGCAACAACCACAACAAUUGCAGCAGCAACAGCAGUUACAGUCACAAAAUCAAUCACCCAUGCAAGCCUCAAUUCAGCAAAUGCAAAUUCAACAACAACAUCUGCAGCAGCAACAAAUACAGCAGCAGCAAAUGCAAAUCCAACAACAGCAGCAUCAGCAGCAGCAUCAGCAGCAACAGCAGCAUCAACAGCAACUUCAAAAUGUACAACUUCAACAACAACAGCAAAAUCAGCAAAUACAACAGAUCCAACAACAAGUUCUGCAACAACCCAAUCAGGUUCAGUUGCAACAACAGAAUAUACAACAACAAACACUAAAACAACAAGUGCAGCAUAAUGUGAAUCAAAUUCAGCAGAAAAUGGCACAACAACAAUUGCUGCAGCAACAACAAAAGCAAAUGCAGCAACAACAGCAACAACAGAUCUUACAAUCCCAGCAACAACAGCAACAGAUUCUGCAAUCUCAACAACAACAGCAACAAGUGCUUCAACAGCAAUCUGUGCAAUCCCAACAGCAGUUGAUUCAGCAGAAUCAAAUGUCUAUGCAACAAGGUCAACCAAGUCAACAAAUAAUACAACAGGUUAUUCAGCAACAGCAACCGGGUCAAUCAAAGCAGAACAUUCAGGUUGUUUUCAAGGGAGGCCAAAAUCUUCAGCAGCAACAACAAACGCAACAGCAACAGCAAAUUCAACAAAUUAUGUCAAAUCUCACCGCCGGGGUAGAAGGGCCGAAUGUACCACAACAAAUUCAACAGCAAAAGAUAAUUCGCCAGAUUACUAUUAACCAAGGCCCCCCUACCAGUGUGCAACAACAAUCCCAGCAACAGCAGCAACAACAAAUGCAAAUUGGACAGCAACAGUUACAGAUCAGUCAGCAAUCAAUACAGCAGAUAUCAGGACAACAAUCUGGGCAAGGUCAGCAACAGCAGCAGCCAGUAAUGAUACAAAGAACACUGUCACAACAGCAGAUUACUCAGUCAGGUCAACCAGGGGGCCAAGGAGGACAGAUGAUACAACAGAUCCCAGGUGGACUUGGUCAGCAACCGAAGAUAAUUCAACAAACCAUUAUCCAUCCUUCAACCUCCGCCAACUAUCAAACUAUCACAAAACAGUUGAUAGUAGGUCAACCUCCGAAUCAACAACAACAACAGCAGCAGCCACAAUCGCAACAACAGAUUCUACAGGCACCACAAAUGCAAAAGCCUAUAGGUCCUGGAUUACAGCCCGGCCAGCAACCACAACAGCAGCAAAUUGUACAACGUAUUGUACAGCAACAGGUCCUGCAGGGACCACCUACAAGUGGACAAUCUGGACCACAACCCCAGAAUAUUGUCAUUAUCAAUCAAGGUGGAAAUCAGCAGCAGAUAAUAACAUCUUCCUCUGGGCCUCUUCCUGGAAAAAUGCAAGCCAUGACACAACAACAACGGUUACAAUACAUGCAGAAUUUUCAACAGAAACAACAGCAACAACAACAACAACAGGGACAACAAAUAAUUGUUAGUGGGGCCGGACCGGUUCCUGGUCAACCGCAAACGCAGCAAAUUCUUCAACAAUCAGUUCAAUCGGGACCAGGGAUAGGACAAAAUAUUGUUCAAAUUCAACAACGAUCCUUACAACAACCGCCCAUGCCAGGUUCGCAGCUGCAGCAGCAGCAACAGCAACAAAUUAUGACUUCAGUGGGACCCGGAAUGAUGACUACUACACAACAAGUGCAACAGCAGCAGCAACAACAAACAAUUGUAGUCCAACAACAGCAAAUGGCACCCAACCAACAGCAAACCAUUAUUCAACAGCAGAUACUGUCCCAACAGCAGCAGCAACCGCCUCAACAACAACAGUUAAUUAUUCAGCAGCCACUUCAAGGUGGGCAACCUGGCCAGCCACAGCAGCAGAUCAUCCAACAGACAUUAUCAACCAGUGGAGGAACAGUUCAUCAAUUGUUACAACAGUCGGGCCAACAAUCAAGUCAAAGUAUGGUGGUGCAACAACAGCUUGUGAGCCAAGGAACUCCACAAACGCCUCAAUCCAUGGAAGGGGGUCAAAUUCUGCAGCAAACAGGUCCAAAUGGUGAAAUCAUUCAGCAACAGCUGAUUUCCGGGCAAUCCACCGGGCAAGUUCAACAACAGCAAUGGACACCUCAGAGCCCUAUUCAACAAUCGAACCAAACUAAUCAAUCUCCCGUUCAACAGUUUUCUCAGCCGCCUCAAGGAAUCCCUCCUGGAGCUACGAUUAUUCAGCAAACGAUUGUUCCGCCGGGAGCUGCGGUUCCAGGUCAAAUACCUGGCCAACCGGGUGGACCUCCACAGUUUGUACGAUCUACUCUAAGACCACAGGUUCAAAGGCAGAUGAUUCAACUAGACCCGCAAACUCAUGCUACUUUGCAAAAAUUGGAUCCGGCGAGCCGUCAGGAAUAUUUUGAUCGUUUGCAUGCAAAGCAACGACAAAUGUUGAGGCAACAGCAAUCAGCUUCUUUCCAGGCACGGCCAGGACAUCCGGGAGCUCAGCCUGGAAUCCGUCAACAGCAAAUUAUAUACAGAGGUCCGAUGCCUCCAGGGCUUAAUCAACAACAACAAAUGCAAUGGAUUCAACAACAAACAGCUCGUCAAGGAACAGUUCGCCCGGGAGCACCGGGACUUAGUCCGAUAACUCAACAAAACGUGGUUCCUCCAGGAAGCCCUAUGAAUCAGUUUCCGGUGGAUCCAAAUGUUUCUCCUCAACAGCAACAACGGAUCCAACUUGAGCGCCAGCAACAACAACACAGACUCAUUCAAAUGCAGCUUCAACGUGAGCAAGCCCAGAAAGGCAUUCCGGGCCAAACUCAACCAGGACAAGCGAUUUCUCCUCGCGGUGCAGGUGCAUUUCCUUCAGACAUGAUCGGUGACGGCACAGCAACUAUUGUUCAGCAAACUAUUGUAGGACCACCAGGUGGUAGUCAACCACAGGAUCCAAAUGUUCCUCCUGGAACGCAACAGAUGAAGAAUCAAACUAAAACUGCUCUUGCGAAUAUGUUAAGUAAUCGGCUUGGAGCUAACGGAAGUGUAGUUCCUAAUAUCCCUGAGGUAGCUACAGCAGCCGAACCGUCUGCUGCAGGCACACUUCGGAUGAUGACUGCUCAACAUAAUGCUGCUUUGCAACAAACCAUGACCCCCCGUUCCCCACAAGAAUUGCUGGCAUUGCAACAACAGCAACAACGUCGUACGCUUGGAAACAUCACCAAUUCCGGGGCUCCUGUCGGUGCAGUAGUGAAUCAAAUUGUACAACAAGUUCCUCCGGGAACAACGGGAAUUCCCCAAUCUUCUUCCACCAUGAAGGGUACACCGCCGUUUAGCCCCGGUCGAGCUCCGCUGCCAAGGCCACAAUAUUACGGACACAAUCCAAACCUUAAAUUGCAUCCGGAACUAUUCUUACUGGGUUGUACUUUCUUCAUCAUUGAGUAUGAUGAAACGCAUAAAAAUGACAUCGAUGACUGGAAAACUAUCAUCAGGAAGCAUGGUGGCGAAAUAGAGCAGUACUAUAGUCCCAAAGUUACUCAUGUUCUUUGUCGAACGCAACGUCACGGUGUUGUCAUGCAAGCUAUUCGCGAUUCCAAGCGAUGCAUCACUAGUUACUGGUUGAACGACAUUGUACUACAGAAGCAGUUGUUGCCACCAUGGCAAGCCUUACACCUUCCGACACCUUCCAUUUUUGGCAACCAGAAACCGGCCACCAAACACAACAUGUCUAUCACAGGCUUCGAAGGCGACGAACGUCUCCGUAUUAAGCAGAUGAUCGAGGAAUCAGGUGCAAAGAUGACGCCGUAUUUCAGCAAAUCAAAUACGGUGCUUGUUUGCAAAAGGAUCGACAACCAGAAGUAUAAGUACGCCAAAGAUUGGAACAUCCCGACGGUAAAUACAGUUUGGCUGAGCGAUAUCCUGCUGGGCAAUCUGAGUGCGAUGCAACAGUGUGAUGGUCCAAAAUAUCAGCAGUUUAAUUUGAAUUCACCAUUCCGGAUCGAUUACAACUUGGUGAUGCAUUUAAUGACUGCUUGGAAAUCACCAAUCAAUCUAACUCCGGAAUCUCACGAACGAGUAAAACGUAGUCUCUCCGAACCACCCCAGCCGGCAACGACGGUGAAAAAAAUGCGAACACUGCCUCCAUUGGAACCCGUUCCGGUCGAGAUUAUGUGCCAAAGGCAACCAGACGCUGAUAGUAUACCAAACAUUCUAUUCUCUCAAAUCGAUAACACCGAAGGAUUAACGAGGGCUGUCAUGACACUCGGAGGACGCAUAGCCAGUGGCUCGGCAGAUGCAACACAUUUGGUAAUGACGCGGGUAGCGCGAACGGUCAAAUUGAUAACCGCGCUGGUCACGGUUCGAUAUCUUCUUUCAAGCAAGUGGAUUACAGACAGCGCAAUGGCGGGAUACUUCCUACCAACUGAGUCGUAUAAAUUAGAUGUAAAAGAGUUGAAUGAGCUGUUCAAGUGCGAUCUGUACAAAGUGCUGGAGUCGCCAAAUCGUAACAAAUUGUUCGAUGGUAAGAUAUUCUUCAUUACACCUCAGGUGAAACCAUCCAGCAAGGAUGUAAAACAAAUGAUCGAACUCAGCGGUGGAGUGGUGGAAAAGAAUCCUCGUUCGGUGAAGAAAAUUCGGGAAACAAAUUUGGACAAACCGGGCACUUAUGUAAUUAUUGGCUGCCCAGAGGAUCGGAUCUUCAUUCAACCGUUCAUACAAAAGGGCAAACACGGUGCAUGUCAGAUCUGUACAACCGAGUAUGUAAUGCAAUCGAUUCUAUCACAAAAGCUGACCAUUGAACCGCAUAUUAUCAAGUGGGAACUCAGUUCGUAAGGGUAUGUACAGUCGCGUGGCAAUAGACAAUGUGUGAAAAUACCAUUGAGAUGCGCUAUUGAAUAGUGGGCAACGAUGGCUUAGAGUGUAUUACUAUAUAAGUUACAGAUCUUGGAAAUCAUGAAAGCUAUAUACUUUAAAUUAGUGAGGUUACGCGGAAGAUUAUUUAUAGUCACUAUAUCGUGCGGAUAUAUUUUAAGGGACGCUAAACUUAUGUGUAUAAAAAUGACAGAAAUAUGAUUAUAAUCAGUAGAGCAAAAUCAACGCAGGUUCGAGAUAAUGCUUUCGAUCGAAGUUUUGAAAUAAAUAUACAUGGUUGGUAUGACCGUAGAACUCACGAGUGCAUUUUAAUAUCCCCGUAUAAGAGUACGUACAAUACGAACUACACAGAUUAAGUAUACAUUGGAAAGAAUACCCCCAAGUCAGAUAUAUAUUAAGAAUUUGAUAAAACUGAGUUAGAGAAUAGAAAUAAAUAAAAUAUAGAGAUAUGACGCAAAUUUAUAAAUCCAGA